UACACGGGAGCCUGAAAACCACACAGAACGAAGACAAAAAGCGGCUAGGUUUUGCUAGCUUGCAGCUAGCUAAUAAGCUCAAUUUUGUGAAAAAUGGCAGCUGUGCUCACCCCGAGACCACCGUGCGACAGCAACCCCGCUACACCCGGAGCACAAUCCUUAAAGGAGGAGAUCACAGAGGAGGAGUCCAAUGAUGGCAGCCAACCCCCUAAGAGGCGGCGAAUGGGUUCAGGGGACAGUUCCCGAAGCUGUGACACCUCCAGUCAAGACCUUGGGCCAACAUAUUUCCCAGCGGAAAACCUAACAGAGUAUAAAUGGCCAGCAGAUGAUACGGGAGAGUAUUACAUGCUGCAAGAGCAGGUCAGCGAGUACCUGGGAGUCACGUCUUUCAAGAGAAAGUACCCUGAUAUGGAAAGGAGGGAUCUAUCACACAAAGAGAAGCUCUAUUUGCGUGAACAGAACGUGAUCACCGAGACGCAGUGCACUCUGGGUCUAACAGCGCUGCGGAGUGAUGAGGUCAUAGACCUGAUGAUAAAAGAGUAUCCCGCCAAACAUUCGGAAUACUCGGUAAUACUUCAGGAGCGAGAACGACAGAGGAUAGCGAAGGAAUACUCCCAAAUGCAGCAGCAGAACCCUCAGAAGGUGGAGGCCAGCAAGGUUCCAGAGUAUAUUAAGAAGGCAGCCAAAAAAGCGGCUGAGUUCAACAGUAACUUUAACAGGGAACGAAUGGAAGAGAGACGAGCCUAUUUUGAUCUCCAGACACAUGUUAUUCAAGUGCCCCAGGGCAGAUUCAAGGUGCUCGCCCCAGAACUGACCAGGACAGGUCCCUACCCAGUUGCACUCAUACCAGGGCAGUUUCAGGACUACUACAAAAGGUACUCUCCCAAUGAGCUGCGUUACCUCCCUUUAAAUACUGCUCUGUUCGAGCCGCCGUUGGAUCCAGACCUGCCUGCUCUUGACUCUGAACCUGACUCGGAUGAUGCGGACGACGACAAAAAGAAUAAGAACUCUUCUGACAGUUCAUCAGGCAACACAUCAGACGGCGAAAAUCAGGAGGGAGGAGGCCCCAAAUCCAAGCUCAAAGACAGGAUGUCGACGGCGGGCAAAGACGGCAGCCACCGCCACUCACACAAAGCCACUCCCGGGCACAAGGAUAACUACAUCGCUCCUUUUUUCCACUACUUCAACCAGACUCUGAGCAAUAAGAACAAUAUAAAAGGAACAGUUCCAUUUGCAAUUUUUUUUUUUAGUUUUUCCAACAAGGACUAAAUAUUUCUUCCUUUUUGAAUGUUUUCAGUUCCUCGUCUCACCUGUCUUUAAAAAAAAAAAAAAAAAAAAUAGUUGCGAGACAAGAUAACUGAUCUUUUGGCUGCUACAUUUUCAAUUUUGAAAAAGGAACUUGGAUAUUCACACAAUGCAGUCAUUUUGUGGUUGCUUUUAAAAAGUAGAAAGAGUAUUUUAUCUUGUAUACCUGAAAAGUGUAACACACUUAAAUGUUUACUGUGUGUCUGUGUGAAUUGGUGUUAAAGAUAUGGUAUGUUUAAACAUGUGGUGUACUGUGGGUCUUUGGGUAAAUAUCAGAGUGCACUGUAUGUUAACAUAAGCGCAUUAGUGAGGCAACUAUAUGCUGACCUUGUUCACACUGAGCUUAAAUGCUGGACCAUACUGCCAACAAGGGUGUUUAAUUUGGCCAGAAAUGGUUCUAAAAAAAGUAGCCCAAAACCAUUUCACUGAAAAAUACUCUAAACAUAAUAUAAAAUAUUUGCAGGGUUAUGUAUUUUUCAUUUUCAGUUACGUACAGUGGUCCAUAGAGAUAUGAGUAGGCAUGUGCCAGUAUUACAUUCUGACGUAUGAUAACCUUAAACCAAAAUAUUACGGUUUCACAGUAUCACGGUACAGUACAAGUACAGCUCUAAAAUAUGUUACUUUGCGAUAUCUGGGUUUAAAAAACAAACAAACUUUUUUCCAUUGAACACGACUUUUAUUUUUCAAAGCAUGACACAUUAGCAAAUUGGAACAUAGGUAUAGUUUAGUAUAAUGUUGAGUAAAAAUGAAAAAAACAAUUAAAAAAAGAAAUAUUCUAAAUAUUUUUUUUAAAUGCAGUCCUUUAGUCCUCAACAUUAUUACUAUCAGAACAAAAAAAUAUAUAUUUUUUUUCCAUAAGAAGCACAUGUGUAUGACUCGAAUCAUGUUUACAUUAUUCACACACAGUUUCUCAACACAGUUGCCAGAGAGAAAAAAAAAACAUGUUUUACCUCUGCUAGACACACUAAACACUUGGAGUUAACUCAAGUAGCUGGUGGGAAACGUUCAUAUAAGUGUCUACUAACCUGUAAAUUUGUAUAAAUGCAAAAUCAUAUUGGUGAUAUUAUGUCUUCGGCAACCACCCUCCACAAACAUGUUUGACAUGUCGGUUGGCCCUCCUCCUCGAAGCCGCGGCCAUCUUUAACUUUACGUCUCCACAUUAGGGGUGUGCAAUCUUAGGCACCACACGAUUCGAUUCGAUUACAAUUCAGGGUGCUGUGAUUCGAUUAUUGAACAAUGAUCACGGUAUUGACGAUGAUCACUGUUAUCACGAUUAUCGGUGCAUCAUGCAUUAUUAAUGAAUAAAGUAGCCAAACAAAUUUAUGUCCAUCAUUUAUUCAAAAUAUCCUAAUGAUUCAACAGGAACGAUGGACACAUGCCGAUACAACAAAAAGCUGCCCUUAAACUGCUUUUUUUUUUUUUUUUUUAAACAAGAAAGUGCAAAAACAUUAACCAUUUUAAAGGCAGCACUUAUUUCUCAACAUGCCCAUACAACACACAUUCGACCUUGAGAUACUCUUUUUCACAAGAAGGUGCAAAAACAUUAGGUAUUUCAAAGGCAGUACUUAUUUCUCUCAACAAUACAAUGUCAUUUACACAAGUGGAAUGAAUUCCACAUAGUGUCAAAGUGUCUUUAGAAAUAAGACUUCUUUUGACCAAUAUAUUUUGUUGUCACAGAUUUCUGUACUAUUUCGCAUGUUUGUAGUGUUACCGCUGUACUUAAUCAUGGUUUUACAAGUUCUGCAUAUAGAGCAACUUUUGUACACCAACAAACAACGCACAAAUGGACAUGGCAAUGCAGGAUAGAGAAUUCGCUAAUUAGCUUAGCGCUCGGCGCUGACUGUUAACAUCUCAAAAACAACAACAAUAAAGGCUAAACAGUGCAAGAGGGUUCGUGUACUCGUCUCUUAUAGAUGCACACGGGACUUAGCAACACACUCAGGACAUUUUUCAAUUGACUUGACUUGAAACUAUUGCUUUAAAAUAUAACUUGCACACAGAAAUGUGACCACCGGGUCCCUGCUUGUCUCAUACACAAAGUUAUUUUCCUAUCUUUUGAAAUGGAGUAAAUCUCUCGCUCAGUAACCGGCAGCAUCCAUCAUAACGUUGUGCGUGUGUUCGUUAAAGGUGUCCGGGCAGCAGACGUGUCUUGAAUUUCGUUCCGCUACGAGCAGCUGUCAUAAAGUUAUUAGAGAAAAAUCAUCGUUUUUGAACAUUUAUUAAUCGUAAUUGAAUUGUCACGUGUCGAAUCGCGAUGCAUCUAAUAAGCGAUUUUUUGGCACUACCUUAAUUCCCAGACCAUCGAUUUCGUUUUGAUGGGGGAAAAAGUUCAGGAGUUUCACCUCAGUUGUGUAGCACAGCUGACUCACUGACACUGAGCAACAACCGGUGGGGAAGGGUUGAGCCUUGCAGCUGCAAGCCAGGGAUUUCUCCAUGCAUUUUUGGGACAGAAAAAAACAAUUAAUACAUUAGCAAAGGUAUGACAGAAAAAUUUUGCGGUUUUGAAACCUUGGCGUUUUCAUACCACGGUAUACCUUGAAACCGAUAAUCGGCACAUGUCUAGUAUGAGUUUUAAUUUGUUCAGUGGACAUGCUAAUAAAUCAAUUAUGACGUUUGGCUGUUUUUUUGUAGUUCAAAGUUUUUGUGUUUUUCGUGAUUUUUAAUGACAACCAAACAGUAAAAUCAAAAAUGGACACACACACAAAUUGGCCAAACAUAUAGAAUCCCUAAACAUUUCUCUAUUCAAAUGGAUUGGAUAUAGGAAGCUGUUAAUGGCAGUUAAUAAAGAAAAUAUUUUAUAUAUAUAAUAUAUAAGCAUAUUAAAUUGACAUAAUUUAAUGUUAUGUUUUUCUUUUUUAAUUUAUAUUCUGAUUUCUCUAGCCCUUCAUCUUCAAUUUAUUUCAUAAAAAUUUAAUUCGGUGAGCAACAAAUGAAUUUGAUGCACAUGACUUACUUUUGCGGGCCGCAAAAUGAAUUAGGCAGCUGGAUUUGGCUUCCUUUAGUAUUUAACUCAAUAAGACAAACUGGUAUUAGUCAUUUUGGGCUGGUUGUUCUUAACUGAGGAGGGUUUGAUGCUUCCAAACGGCACACGUGUGUCAAGUCAAAACUUGUAAGUUGGUCCACUUGUAAUUCAAUGUGCCAAUGUAUUUAGUAUGGCUUUUAUCAAACUUGCUUGGUAAACAUUUUUCUAAACAUUAAAAAAAAAUUCUAUUGUAACGUCUCUGCCAGCCCUCACAGUCCAAAUGGUCCAGUCCAAAAUCAAAACCAUAAUCAUUCACUGCCCCUCAGUGUGACCAUGGUUCUUUUUUAGAUCUUGCAGUGGAUUAGUAGAUAAGUACAGUAUGAUCAUGAGGUCAUGUUUUGCACAUGUUUAUUUAACACUCAGCUAAAAUGAAUCUAUGUCCAUGAACUCUUUAGAGUGCAAAAGGAUCUAGAGUAGUACUUAUUAAGAAGUGGUCUUUUAAAGUGAUACUUUACUUUUGUAACGCUAAAGUAACAUGAACUUCCUUCUAAGUUAUGUAUAUACAGUACAUACAUUUAUAUAGUUGAAAAUAUUUCCAGAAUUUGUAUAUCACAGUGAGUGUUGCAGGCCUAUGAAUACUACUUAGCCCUCUCUGGUCUGGCUACGGUUGACAGUGCAGUAUAUGCAAUGGUUUUUGACUACGUGUUUUGAAUAAUGUGAUAUUUUCACAAUGCGAUUUAUGAAUAAAUGCAAG